CACCCCCACGCACGCUUGCACACCCCGAAUACUGGAACGCGAAAGAUGCCUUCGGACACACCGAAGGUCGACGAUGCUGGUGUAACACCAACGCUUGAGUCGAGCAGUUCAGAUGGGAAGGAUGUUACGAUGGACGAGGCGGAGACACCAAGUGUCACGGCGUCCAAAAGCUCUGCGGGAAUUCCUGGGUACUUCGGCCGCAAGCCUUUCAACCAUCGCCUGGGCCUCUCGACCUCCACUUCUGAGCGCGACAAGGAUAGGGACGAGACGGCGAGCACGACGACGAACGUCAGCAAUCGCGCCGUCGCGGGUAGCGUCGCACCAUCUCCACCUUACUCCCCAAUGGAAGAGUCGCCAUCGACGUCCGCGCAGACCGCCGAUGCGCACCGUACACCUAAGCCCAACGUGCCGGAUAUGUUCCACGACACGAGUCACGCGGACGCGGAAAUCGCGGCGCCACCACAGAUCCAUCUUGAGCCGCGGACGCACCCGCUGGGGCGCGACGGCGCGCAGGUGGAGGUGGGCGGAGUCUCGACGCUGACGGCGGCGCGCGAGACGGUGCCGCUCAGCGAGGCGGCGCUGAGAGAAUUGGAUCGCGAAGUCGAAGAGGAGGGCUCGGAGGACGGCGAAGAUGAACGCUUGCGGGAAUAUCUGGAGGGCGAGGCGGCCGGCAAUCGGGAUGGCGGCGAGCCUGGCAACAGAGUUACGAGGAAGAUAAAGGGCGGGGUGAAGGUCCUCGCUGGCAAGAUGAAGAACGAUGAGGAUGUGGAGAAGCAGGGGAAAACUUUGUUGAGCUGA